AUGUCCACCAGCAAGGUUCCCUACCCCUUCCAAUUCGAUACGCCGGCCAACCCCGCAGGGCCACAAGAUGGAACCAACAAAAACAUCGAAAUAAGCCUCGCAAACACUCGCGGACGUAUUCCCUCGCUGCAAGCCUCCCGCCUCAGAUCAAUGUACCUAGAGGCCCGCACCGAUCCAACCAAGAUCAUCGCACAGGCAUGCACAUACGAUGGACUCUCCUCGCGUCUGGUCGAAGAAGCCGGAUUCCCUAUGAUCUUCCUAUCAGGAUACGCAGUCGCCAGCACACAUGGGCUCCCAGAUACGGGGUAUAUCGCCAUGGCAGAGAUGUGCGACAAAAUCCAAGAAAGCUUCCGACAGGUUUCCGUGCCGAUCAUGGCAGACGGGGAUACAGGGUAUGGAAGCCCGAUGAACGUCAAGCGAACAGUUGAGUGCUUCGCAGCUGCCGGCGCAGCGGGCGUGAUGAUCGAGGACCAGCAGUGGCCAAAACGAUGCGGACACACAAAAGGAAAGAGCGUCGUUUCUCGCGAAGAAGCAUACGCCCGCAUGCAAGCUGCCUGUGACGCUCGGAAUGAAGGUCGGGACAUCUUCAUUCUUGCCCGCACCGAUGCCCUGAUGCAUGGAUGGGACGAGGCAAUGGCUCGCGCACAGGAGUUCAAGCGUAUAGGCGCGGAUGCGAUUUUUAUUGAAGCCCUUCCUGAUAGGGCUGCGAUGAGGCGUGUUGUGGAGGAAUUGGAUAUUCCCGUUCUUGCGAAUAUCAUUGAAGGAGGGAAGACGGAGAAUUUAUCCGCUAAGGACCUUGCAGAGCUUGGCUUUAGUGCCGUGGCUUACCCUUGGACGUUGGUCGCCGCACAUCUCAAGGGUAUUCGAGAUGCUUUGGAUAAUUUGAAAAAGAGUAUGACUACUGGUGCACCGCCGAUGAUUUUGUCUUAUGAUGAGGUUUGUGAAGGAGUUGGGUUCAACAAGUACUGGGAGCGAGAAGGAAAAUAUCAAUUUAACUGA